ACCGACUGUCAUGACAUUUUCUAAUGGCACACGGGCCCCGCCCCACCUGGAUGGGGCUUUUGUUCUUUUUCAGGGCCAUUGAUCGCUCGCGUCUCAAAGCGCGGGGUAAGCUCGGGGCUUGAGGAAGCUCCAAGGCCAAGCCUGGAGCUGGCCGCCGAUGCCGCUGCAGGUUAGGGCCGGCCGAGGCACUGAGUGGAAGCACUGCGUGGUGAUGUAUUGCCGAGCAGUCUGGCCUCGGGUUUCGGUCUGGCUUCGGUCUGGUCUCUAGUCUACCAUCACACACAACUUAGUACCGAGGCAAAUACCGAGGCAAACACCACACCACACACACCAUGAGCCUGGCCAUCAGAACAGCUCCCUCGACGGCGACCAGAGCCGUCAGCCUGCUGCGCACUAUCCAGUACACCCACCCGCCCUCGUGUCCCUGCCACUCCAACCCGGGCCACCACCACCACCAAAGGAGCAAUGCGGCAACCCCAUACCAGCGCCGCCUGUCCCGCAGGCACCUGGCCACGCCCGCGGCCGAGCCCAAGGAGUACGCCUUCGAGAUGGCGGCCUCGUCCAUCCGCUUCGGCGAGGGCGUGACCAUGGAGGUGGGCAUGGACUUGCGCAACAUGGGCGCCAAGCGCGUGUGCGUCGUCACGGACCAGACGGUCGACCGCCUGUACGCCAUGUCGCAGGUGCGCGAGAGCCUGGCGCGCGAGGGCGUCAACUUUGAGGUCUUCAACCGCGUCAAGAUCGAGCCCAAGGACAGCUCGAUCCGCGAGGCCAUCGACUGGGUCAAGCCCUACAACCCGGACGCCUUCCUGGCCGUGGGCGGCGGCUCCGUCAUCGACACGGCCAAGCUCAUGAACCUGUACUCGUGCUACCCGGACGCGCCCUUCCUCGACUUUGUCAACGCGCCGCUGGGCGCCGGCAGGCCCGUUGACAAGCCGCUGAGGCCACUCAUCGCCGUGCCCACCACGGCCGGCACGGGCUCCGAGACGACGGGCACGGCCAUCUUCGACCUCGAGUCGCGCCGCGCAAAGACGGGCGUGGCGCACCGCAACCUCAAGCCGACGCUGGGCAUCUGCGACCCGCUCAACACGCGCACCAUGCCGGCCGCCGUCAAGGCCGCCUCGGGGCUCGACGUGCUCUGCCACUCGCUCGAGUCGUGGACCGCCAUCCCCUACACGGAGCGCACGCCGCGGCCCAAGAACCCCAUCAACCGGCCUGCCUACCAGGGCGCCAACCCCAUCAGCGACAUCUUCUCGCUGAGCGCCCUGCGUAGCACCGUCAAGUACCUGCCUCGCGCCGUGCGGGACCCCGAUGACGCCGAGGCCCAGCGCGAGAUGCUGCUCGCCGCCACCCUGGCCGGCAUCGGCUUCGGCAACGCCGGCGUGCACCUGUGCCACGGCAUGUCGUACCCCAUUUCAGGCCAGAACCCGGGCUACAAGCACGACGGCUACGAGGUGCCGCACCCCAUCAUCCCGCACGGCGUGUCCGUCGCCGUGUCGGCGCCCGCCGUGUUCAGGUUCACGGGCCCCUCCAACCCGGAACGCCACCUCGAGGCCGCCGCCGCCUUUGGCGUCGACGUGUCCAACGCCAAGCGCGAGAGCGCCGGCGAGAUCCUGGGCGACGCCGUCGCCCGCUUCCUCGACGACCUGGGCGACCAGCCCGCCGGCCUGGCCGAGCUCGGCUUCCGCCCCGAGCACAUCGACCAGCUGGUCGACGGCACCAUCCCGCAGGCCAGGGUGCUGAUGCUGGCGCCGGGGCUGGCCAUGACGGAGCUGGAGAGGGAGAGGGAGCAGCUGCGAGCCCUGUUUGAGGCGGCCAUGAAGCACUGAUGAUUUACGACAAACAUGAUGGGAAGAACAGCAACAAAGAUGGACAGAUGGAUGCAUUAUCAUCAACAGUCAUCUGCAUUACGAAUAGCAUUUUAAAUAUACAUCCUUACGCAGCCA